AUGUCUCAUUUUAUGACAGAAUUGCCGUUGGUCGUCGUAAAGCCUGGCAAGAUGAUCACAUCAAAAUUGAAAGUGGUUGCAAUGGUCCUGAUGUUACUCCUCUAUGUGUAUAUGGUUCUAUUCCUUAAAUCGUUUUAUUUGAAAUCAAAGAGACUCGACCGCAUCUGGGAAAUGAUAUCGGAGACUGAAAAAAAAAUUAUAGAAGUCCAAAACAUGGAUCAGAACCUUGCCAUGCAAAUAGCUGAACUUAACAAGCUAUAUGAAGACUAUUAA